AUGACGAGCGAGUGUCGCGACCGCGCUGCCCUAUCGACAGCGCACUGCGACAGAAAAAAGCCAGGAGUCCACGGCAUGCGCCUGCGCGCGGGGCGGACCAGUUCCCAUGCGGCCGAGUGUCCCGUCCGCCACGCCACCACCGCGCCACUAGCCUCCCUCACUCGCCACCAUACAAGAGAGACGGGAUUCGUCAACGCCAUUACGGCUGCAGGCGUGACCUACUCCAUAACAAGAGCAUGCACUGCCGGCUCUCUACUGGAAUGCUCUUGUGAAAAGGGUGUGCCGAAGCCUCGUCGCGGCCGCGAGUCCACGCCACCGCCAGUCCCCGACUCACAAGCAUCCACAGACCGAUGGCAAUGGGGAGGUUGCAGUGAUAAUGUACGAUUUGGACUCAAAAAGUCGAGGGAAUUCAUGGAUAGCCGCUACAGGAAACGAAGCGACAUAAAGACCCUGAUCAAACUGCAUAACCAUAACGCUGGGAGGUUGGCUAUCAAGAAUAACAUGAAGAUAGAGUGUAAAUGUCACGGGCUCUCCGGCUCGUGCACUCUGCGAACGUGUUGGUGGCGAAUGCCCACCUUUAGGGAAGUCGGCGACAAACUACGAGACAGAUUUGAAGGAGCUGCUAAGGUAAUCGCAAGUAACGACGGUGAUAGCUAUAUGCCAGAAAGCCCUAGUAUAAAAAGGCCAGGCAAAAAAGAUAUCAUUUACUCGGAGGAGUCGCCCGACUUCUGCCUCGCUAACAUGAAGACUGGCUCUCUCGGAACCCAAGGACGUCAGUGCAACAUCAGUUCAGCCGGAACCGACAGUUGUGAUCAAAUGUGCUGCAGAAGAGGAUACGUGGAAACCUCCGUGACGGACACUCAGAAUUGCAAUUGUCAAUUCAAAUGGUGUUGCGAAGUCAUAUGUGAAACAUGUUACGUUAAACGAAACAUACAAACAUGCCUAUAAUGUGAUAGAUAAUGUAUUAAAUGUUUAAUAUUAAACUUAUUUUAUCCCCUGA